AUGUUGGGACGUUUGAGAUGCUGUGCUUCCCGAAGCUCGAAUUUUCUGGCGAUUUUGCUGCCCUUCAGACGAAGUCUCUCAAAUGCAUAUAUUCAUAAGGACAAUAGACUACAAUAUCAAAGAAAUUUCGAGUCUCAGCAAAUCUUUUCGUCCACUUAUUUAUCAAGAAGACAGCUAUCAAAUUUUCAGAGCGUCAAUGAUUUUCACCAUAUCACAGACGAGACGCUGGAAGCUUUGUCAGAUUUCUUUGACAGUAUUGCAGAUAAAUAUAAUCUACCUGAUGAUUAUGAUGUUAACUUUGGGGAUGGUGUGCUAACAGUCCAUUUUGGAGGUAAUGUUGGAACUUAUGUGAUUAAUAAGCAAACUCCAAACCAACAAAUUUGGUUAUCAUCCCCUUCAAGUGGUCCUAAAAGAUAUGAUUUCAUUAGCAAUACAUGGAUAUACAAGCGCAAUAAUCAAUCUCUUCAUGAACUGUUAUCAACAGAAGUAUCAGCCAUUACUGGAGAAGAAGUUGACCUCACACACCUUUCACAUGGAGGAAAGACAGACUAAGAAAAAACAAUUAAUAUAUAAACACUUUAUUUCAUUAAGACUAGUUCUCACAAAUUCAAGUGUCUUGGAGUGUUUGCAAAACAAGGAUCUGGAUACUCUGUCCAUGUCAACAACACAAUUCAUAAAAAUUGGCAUCCACACAUGCCCAUAUUUUCAGUGUCUUCUGGCAUUUCCCCAAAUCUGGGGAUAAGAAGUCUAGGACCCAGGACCCAGGUGAAAUCAAGCCAGUCUUUAGAGAAUUUUURAAUACAUAUUAGUUAUAAUUUGGCACAUGUGCAAAGACCUGUAAAAAUAUUGUGGCUAGGAAAAUAAACAGCAUAGACUAUUCUYUCUGGACAGAGCUUUAAAUAUUCAACUUUAAGCCAAAGACACAUGGAUAUGUAGCUACUAUAUUUGGUUAAUURCAAAAAAAUCAUAAUUUGUCUUAAAUCUUUUGAAUAGUUACUAUCUAUCAAUUAUUAUGUUUAUUUAAUUUACAGUUAGAAAAAUAGGUUUUAAAAGCACUUUCAUGUUUCAAAUGGAUUGUAGCCUUGUGCCCUUGCAUCUUGCAAUGGACGGAAAAGAGGAGAAGGGAACAUUUUUGAAUUCCAUUCAUGCCAUUCCCAUCCUAGAAAAAGAAGGAAAUAAGCAUUUAGUAAAUAAUUAUUUUACUUCUCAAAGACUUGUUGAAAGUUUACUUGAUAUUCACAUGGAAAUGUAACAUUUUUGUUCUGUUAACACUAACAGUCAUUUAAAUAAUGUGUAUUUUAAUGUUUAAAAAAUGCUUUGAAGUGAAAAAUGAUAGCACAAACCUUCACACU